AUGCAAUUUAUCAAAGAAAUGGAAAAUAAUAUAGAAAAAAGUCAAUCAACUGAGACUGGCAGUGAUACCAAUUAUUUAUUUAGUAGUAUUAUGAGUGAACUUCGAUUUGAUAUUCUUAGUUCAACUGGACACACAUAUGAACUGAUUUCUGGUGGCAAAGAUAUUCCAAUAACAGCCGAUAAUUUCAAAGUAUACCGUACAUGUUAUUGUGAAUAUGGUCUAAAUGAAUUUUGUUGA